AUGGUUGCCAUCAAUUUCUCCGAAGAAGAGGUGGAAGUGCUUAAGAGAUGGCGCGAGAUAGACGCCUUCCGUGUCCAGCUCGAGCUGACCAAGGACAAGCCGCCCUAUGCCUUCUACGACGGACCGCCGUUCGCAACCGGCCUCCCCCAUUACGGCCAUAUGCUCACCUCAACCAUCAAGGACGUCAUUCCCAGAUACUGGGCCAUGAAGGGGUACUUCGUCGAAUGCCGCUUCGGCUGGGACACUCAUGGCGUGCCAAUUGAUUAUGAGAUUGACAAGAGUCUUGGCAUCAAGGGAAAGCAGGCGAUUCUUGAGUAUGGCAUUGCCAACUACAACCGAGAAUGCGAGGCCAUUGUGAUGCGAUACGCGGCCGAGUGGAGAACCAUGAUUGAAAGACUUGGUCGCUGGGUCGAUUUUGAUAACGACUACAAGACCAUGGACAAGAACUUCAUGGAGACGUGUUGGUGGGUCUUCAAGCAACUUCAUGAGAAGGGCGCCGUAUACCGUGGCUUCAAGGUCAUGCCGUACUCGACCGCCCUCACCACUCCCCUCAGCAACAAUGAAGCCCAGGAAAAUUACAAAAUGGUGCAAGAUCCGGCCAUCGUUGUCACCUUUCCCCUCGUCGAUGACCCAAAGACGUGUCUGCUUGCUUGGACAACGACUCCUUGGACGCUUCCCGCUCACACAAGUAUCGCGGCGAACCCCGAUUUUGAGUACGUCAAGAUCUACGACGAGAAGGCAGACAUGAACUACAUCCUGCUAGAGUCGCUCAUCGGAACUCUAUACAAGAAGCCUGAGAAGGAAAAGUACACGAUCGUUGCCCGCUACAAGGGCUCGGAUAUGCUGGGCUGGAAAUACGAGCCCCCCUUCCGCUACUUCUACGACCAAUUCAAGGACUACGGUUUCCGUGUCAACAACGACAGUUACGUGACAGCUACUAGUGGCGUGGGCUUGGUUCACCAGGCUCCAGCUUUCGGCGAAGAAGACUUUGCAGUUGCGACCAGGACAGGCAUCAUCACUAUCGAGAGGCCACCCAACAAUCCAGUUGAUGACAAGGGAUGUUUUACCUCCGAGGUAACAGAUUUCGCUGGCCAGUAUGUCAAGGAUGCAGACAAGCGCAUUGUCAAACAUCUCCAGGAGCAAGGUCGGCUCGUUGUCUCGCCCAUCAUCCCACAGAUGCUAGAGCAGAUCGAACAGACCUACUGGGUCCCUAGCGUCGUCCGAGAGAAACGGUUCGCCAACUGGAUCGCCAAUGCCCGAGAUUGGGCCGUGUCCCGUAACCGGUAUUGGGGCACUCCCCUGCCCUUGUGGGUGAGCGACGAGGAUGAAGAGGUUGUCUGCCGGCUACAACGGCACACCACGGACCUACAUCGACACAACAUUGACCACAUUACCAUCCCCAGCAAACAAGGAAAGGGAAUUCUUCGCCGUGUCGAGGAAGUCUUCGACUGCUGGUUCGAGUCGGGAAGUAUGCCGUAUAGUUCUCAACACUACCCAUUCGAGAAUAAGGAAGAAUUCGAGAGACGCUUCCCCGCCGACUUCAUUGGAGAAGGUCUCGAUCAGACCCGUGGAUGGUUCUAUACUCUCCUUGUCCUGGGAAUCUACCUCUUUGGGGUCUACCCGUUCAAGAAAUGCGUCGUGAAUGGUAUGGUUCUGGCCGAAGAUGGGAAGAAAAUGUCGAAGCGCCUCAAGAACUAUCCAGACCCUAGCAUCGUCAUCCAGCGGUACGGUUGCGAUGCUAUCCGCCUGUACCUCAUCAACUCUCCCGUGGUGCGCGGGGAGCACUUGAACUUCAAGGAGUCCGGGGUCAAAGAAGUGGUGCAGAAGGUACUCCUACCACUCUGGAACAGCUAUAGAUUCUUCGAAGAUCAGGUUCUCCUGUUGCGCAAAAAGGAGGGCAUCGACUUCAAGUUCUCACAGGACAAGGCCGCUUCGUCCGAAAGUGUCCUGGAUCAUUGGAUCAUGGCCACCUGUCAGUCUUUCUUGAAGACAAUCAACGAGGAGAUGGCUGUCCCAAGACUGCUUGAGCUCAUUGACUCCACAACCAACUGGUACAUUCGUUUAAACCGCCAGCGGCUCAAGGGAGACCGGGGAACCGAUGAGGCUGUCAUCACGUUGAACACGUUUUUUGCUCCAUUCAUGCCGUUUUUGGCUGACAAGUUAUGGCUGCACCUCCAAGAAUACAUGCCGCGGGAACUCCUUAUCGGCGACGUCCGCUCCGUCCAUUUCUUGCCCUUCCCCGAACCCCGCUCGGAGCUUUCAGAUGAAGUCGUCGAGCGUCGUUUUGCUCGCAUGCAAAAGGUUAUCGAGCUCGGUCGAGUCUGUCGCGAAAAAGAGCCCGCCGUCAGUCUCAAGCAAGCUCUCAAGACUCUGACGGUACUGCAUCCCGACCAGGAAUACCUCGAUGACGUUGCCUCACUUGCCGACUAUAUCAAGGAUGAGCUGUCCAUCGUCUCGCUCGUCCUCAGCUCGGAUGAGUCUCGCUACGGCGUCCAGUAUCGCUGCGCGGCGAACUGGGCUACCUUUGGCAAGAAGUUCCGCAAGGAUGCCAAGAAGGUUGCCGAAGGACUAGCGGGAUUGUCGAGUACCCAAGUCAAACAGCUGAUGCACGACAAUGCCGUCAAGAUUGCUGGAUUUGAGGUCCUGGCGGACGAUGUCGUUAUCAAGCGUGAAAUUGCCUCUGAUGUCGAAGGUUCUGGAGGAACCGAGAUUGGCGCCCACGGCGACGUGCUCAUCCUUCUCGACAAGACCAUUUACCCAGAGCUGAUAGGCCUCCGCCUCACUCGCGAGAUUGCCAGUCGAGUUCAGAAGCUGAGGAAGAAGGCCGCAUUGGUCCCUACCGACGAAGUCCUCAUUGAAUACACGGUCCUCAGUGAUCCGGAUGACGUCGGAAUCGAGGACGCUCUUGCCACGCAAACCGGCAUCAUGGAAAGGAUGGCGAGACUGCGGAUGGAAAAACACAAAAGCACGUCUGAGAGAGCUGAAGAUACUGCUGGCACAAAGGCCGGCGACGUCAUAAUCGAAGAAGUGCAAGAAGUUCAAGGUGCCUUGUUCUCCUUGAGACUUUCGAUGGCUUGA